AUGGAUCACCCUCACUGGUAUGGCAUGGUGGGCAGCAGGGAAAGCGGAGAGUGGCUGAGAGAGCGCAGCUGCUGCUGCCUCCACCCCAGUAAUGCGCGGAGUGAUGCUGUGAACUGCAAGGAGAUCUGCUGGACAGUGGAGUUUUCUAAAACACUUACACAAAUGUACACCAGGGCCUCCUUCAGUCUCAUGCACACCAGUGGCUCCUUCAGUCUCAUGUACACCAGUGGCUCCUUCAGUCUCAUGUACACCAGUGGCUCCUUCAGUCUCAUGUACACCAGUGGCUCCUUCAAGAGACCAAAAGCUGUGGUGUCCAUACAGCCUGAUAAACAGGUGUUUAUAGGAGAGACUGUCACUCUCAGAUGUGACAUACAGGGAGAAGGAGUCUCUAACUGGCAGCACAGCUGGUUUAAAGAUGAUUCAUCCACUCCUGUCAGUAAUGAACAGCAGUACAGAAUCAGCUCUGUUACAGAGUCUCACAGUGGAAAAUACACCUGUAGAGGAACAGAGAGAAGAACAUCACGCUACUCACACACCAGUGAUGCUGUUACACUGACUGUAUCAGAAAAACCUAAACCUGAAAUCACAUCAAACCAUAAAGGAGCUGCACUGAUAAGAAAUCCAGUGGUUCUGUACUGUGAGCUGGAUCAGUCUGCUGGAUGGAAGUUUUACUGGUCCAAACACACACAGAACCCUGAGAAUGAGAUCAAGACUGAAACACACUCCUACAGCAUCAGCUCAGUCAGUGUCUCUGAUGGAGGACAGUACUGGUGCAGAGCUGGGAGAGGAGACCCAGUCUACUACACUCACUACAGUGAUGCUCUCUGGAUAAAGGUUACUGAGAGACCAAAAACUGUGGUGUCCAUACAGCCUGAUAAACAGGUGUUUAUAGGAGAGACUGUCACUCUCAGAUGUGACAUACAGGGAGAAGGAGUCUCUGACUGGCAGUACAGCUGGUUUAAAGAUGAUUCAUCCACUCCUGUCAGUAAAGAACAGCAGUACAGAAUCAGUUCUGUUACAGAGUCUCACAGAGGAAAAUACACCUGUAGAGGAACAGAGAGAGGAACAUCACGCUACUCACACACCAGUGAUGCUGUUACACUGACUGUAUCAGCUUUACCCAGAGCUACACUGACUGUAGAACCAGAGAGUCCUGUGUUCAGUGGAGAGUCAGUCACUCUGAAGUGUGAGAUUAACACUCAUGAUGGUUGGACAUAUCAGUGGUAUAAACAGAAUAAACAGAGUAGAUGGACUGCAGUGUCUCAGUCUGUGUAUUACACUGUAAACAGAGAAACUCUCACCAUCAGAGAAGAUGCUGUGAUUAAUGGAGAUCAGUAUCAGUGUAGAGGAGAGAGACGUUACAGACCAACAUCAUCACAGAACAGUAACUCUGUUACACUCACUGUAAAGGCUUUACCCAGAGCUACACUGACUGUAGAACCCAAAUGGAGUCCUGUGUUCACUGGAGAGUCAGUCACUCUGAAGUGUGAGAUAGAGUCUCACAGUGACUGGAGAUAUCAGUGAUAUAAAGGCAGCAGUAGCACUGCAGUCAAUCAGUCUCAGACAAACACCUUCACCAUCAGAUCAGCAGCAGAUCACGAUCAGUACUGUUGUAGACGAGAGAGAGAUAACAGACCCUCAUCAUCACAACCCAGCAAUACUGUUACUCUCACAGUGAAAG